AUGUCCUCCUCGCGCCAGAAGGCCCCGCCGGUCCAACGUUGGCCGCGCACCGUCGACCCGCCCUUCCGAGCCGUGCUCUCUCUCCCCCGCCGCCUGCUGCACCCGCCCAGCCCCCGCGGCAAGCUGCCCUCGUGGGGCAUCGCCCCGCGCUUCACCGUCACCCUGGACGACAUCCUCGACCGCCGCCACCUCCCGCCCCUCGGCCUCAAAGACUUUGAGGAGUGGCUCCUCUUCGUCGAGCACUCCCCCGAGUCCCUGUACUUCAUCCUAUGGCUCCGCGAGUACACCGCCCGCUUCGACGCCUGGAUCCACGCCUCCAAGGGCGCGUUCACCCCCACCGACCCUGUCCACCCCAGCUCGUACCGCACUCCGCCCACACGUCCCCCUCCCAGCCCCGCGCUGCUUUCCUUCUAUAUGCGCGCAAAGCACACAUUCCUCCUCCACGACGCCCCCUACGAACUCCUCGUCCCCACCGACGCCCUCGCCCCCUUCCGCUCCUCGCAAGCCUAUCCGUAUGAUUGCAGCUUGCCACCGGACCCCCUCGUCUUCGCCGAGCUCGCCGCCCUCGUGCGCACGGCCCUCGCUGAGAGUCUCGCCCGCUUCGUCCGCGCGACCUUCGCCAACGUCGACGCACCCCGCGCCGUCUGCGGGUGCUACGGCGGGACGGUGAUCUUACUCGCGGGCAGCGUCCCGCCGAUCGUCACGAGUAUCGUGCUGGGCAGCAGCCGAUGGUGGCGGCUGUUUGCGCUCCCCGGGAUGUGGCUCGGCCUGACGGUGCUCAUCGCGGCCAUGUACGGCGUCUGCAUGAUGAUCUACCUCUUCGGCGACCUCCGCCAAUUGCGCUCGUUCGAGCUCCUUCGGCCGCCCUCCGACCCUGCGCUGACCGUUGACCGCUCGAAGAAGGCCGGGUGGCUGACCCCGCGCGUGACACCCGCGAUCUCGCCGCCCACGCUGCUCACAUCCACAGCCGUAGAGAGUCCGGGGCUGCUGCCUGUCCCGUGUGCCCCCCCUGCACCUGCAGACGCGAAGGCGCCCCAGAAGCCGCAGCUGAGCAUCGUCUGCGGCCCCCCCGCGCACUGGCCCGGGCCAGACCGCGCGCUCACACCAUUCUCGUACGACUCGCGCAGCAUGUACUCGCAGUCCACGGGCGGCCUCAGCGAGCACUACGGCUCGGACUACGAGGACGAGGACGAGGACGACGCGUGCAGCGACGCGCGCAUCCACGUCUCCGACGCGUUCUUCGACGAGCACCCCGCCGCGCCGGACGCGCCGUUCCCCGCGCCCCCCCUCACCGCGUCGUUCAUCCGUCCGUACGUCUACCGCGCCGAGGACGCGUACGCGGAGGGCGACGUCGAGCGUGGAGAGGCCGGGACCGCCGCCGCGCGCCAGCCCGUCGACGCGUUCGACUUUGACGCGCUCCCGCCCGCGCGCCGCAGGCCGUCCGUGCCGCACGCGGCCGCCACACUGCAGGCGCCUGCGCCGGUGCACGCCGCGCCGGACGAGAAAUCGCACCGCGGCGCGCGGGCGCUCCUCGGCGUGCUGCAGGCGCGAUGCGCGCCGCGGAAUAUCGUGCGCACGCGCUUCGCGGGGGACGUGGGCGUCGGUAUUGGGCUCGGUGCCGUGAGGGCGCGCGGGCGCGUUGCGAUCCCGGCGUUUGCGCUCCUCCCGAGCCCGAGCGCGUCGAGCGCGUCGUUCUCUGCGGCGGCGAGCGCGAAGGCCCCCUCCGCGCGGGAGAAGGAACGGGCGAAGGGGCAGGAGAGGGGGUGGAUCCCUGCUGCGCCGUUUGCGGUGCCGGUGACGCCGGUGCUGAGCCCGGUGGUGUCGCGCGCGCAGUGGGAGAUUGUGGUGCGGAGCGGGGCGCUGGCUGCGGUUGUGAGCGGGCUUUUGGGUGUGGUUGUUUUGGCGCUGCCUGUGCGGCGCACGGUGUAG